AGAUAUGCCGUAAUCUACCCAUGUGGGACUUAAGACGAUAUAACGAUUUGCCCAUGAACGCUCCUCAUGAGAAUAGCACAUUUUACAUAGCACCGAAAUCAACGAUGAGCUGUAUGUCCUCAUUGAUUUUCCCCAUCACAGGUGAAGGGACAGUGGAUAUCAAUUUGUAUAUAGACCUGAUCACACAUUUAGAUCAGAUUGUUAUCCUAGUAUUUCAAUCUAUGCCCAACGAACUUGAUGCUGUUGUUGCAAGUGUCGUCUUGUCCGCUGCAGACCCCAACUUGGCAAGAGGCUGGCAAACUGUAAAGGUCACUUUAGUUGGAUUAGGCGCUUAUAAUGGCUAUGUUACUCUUAUGGGCGUUGCAUCUGAAUCUUCAGUUAUACUAAUAGAUUCAAUCCGAUAUAUUGCACCGUCACACAGUGAAGAGUUAUGUCCAAUAUACGAAGAAGAUUAUACAACAGAUGGUGGAUAUAAAACGACCCUUGCAGAAACUACUUCUGACGAUUAUCCAAAUGACUUAUCGACAAGUAGUCUCAAAACAACUACCGACAUGACCUCAACAAACAGUCUGGAAACGACGAAAGUGACGACCUCGACUAGUGGUCCAGACAUAACUACUGAAACAAGCUCAAAAACCACUCUCGAUACGACUACAGAAAACUUCCCACAUACAAUCUCGACAAGUAGUCCAGACACAAGCACUGAAACAACUUCAACAACCAGUCUGGAAACGACUACAGAAAAUGAUCAAGAAGCAUGUUCCAUUACAAGUAAAUGCAAUCUGCGUAAAACUGACGUACGUGUUAAUGUGAAUAUUAAUAUAAAAUAAUGUAAAAAAACUACUCAACCAAUGAACUUAC